AUGAAAAAGAAGUUGAAGUUUGAGGUUGGAAUGAAGAUGGAGAUGAAGAUGUACCUGGGGAUGAAUGAUAAUAAUAUGGAGAAGACAGAAUGCGGCAAGUGCAGUGGAGAUCAACGGGACGGAUAUGGCUGGGCUCGGAGGCAGAAAUUUAGGGAGUACAUAGGGCGGGCAGAAAGGGACGGAACGGUCUUUGGAAGUUCUCGUGAUAUCAGGGUAAUAAUGUACGAGGUGGGUGUUACUACGUAUUUAGGUAUUGAAGUCUUGGAGAGCGAUGCUAUUUCUGCACACGCGGACACCAUUUAG